UUAACCUCACUUUUUUAAUUUUGAAUAAUUUGAAUGUAAAUUUACCAAAACGAUGGAUUUUAAUUUCAAAGAAUUUUGCGAGUUUCUAGACGAAAUAAAACGAACGAAAACGCCCAAAGAGAAAUUCAAAUGCGUAGCGGAAAAGUUCAAAAUUAUACGAAACCAAUUAGGAAGCGAAUCGAACGAAAAGUUUUAUCAAAUAUUGAGAUUAAUGGUGCCGAGUUUGGACAGAGAAAGGGAUUCCUACAACAUGAAAGAGGCCACGGUGGCGCGAAUUUUGAUAAAAAUGCUGGAUUUACCGGAAGGUAACGAUAGAAACGUAUUAAAAAAGUCCCACCUGAUGGCUCACGAAGCCACGGAUUUCGGGGACGUGGUACAUUCGGUGAUCAGAAAAUAUUUAUCAUACUCCGUCACCACGUUAACUAUUAGCGACCUAAACAAAUAUUUGGACGAUCUAACUAAAAGAAGAAACGAACGCGAAGGAGAAGACAUACUAAUGAAUAUAUUUAAAAAAUGUUCUUCGGAACACAUGAAAUGGGUCAUAAGGAUCAUAUUGAAAGAUCUAAAACUCGGUUUAGGCGCAAACUCGAUUUUGAAUUGCUAUCACAAAGACGGGGCUGCGUUUUACGCAUCGAACAGCAAUUUGAAAAAGGUGUGCGAUGUUCUCCAAAAAGAUUCUGUACGAUUGCACGAAUUAGAAAUAGAAAUAAACGAAGCUUUUCGACCGAUGUUAUCUAAGAAAAUCGACGCGACGAAUUUUAUAAAACUUUUACCCGAGAACAAGCCGUUCUUCGUCGAGAACAAAUUUGACGGGGAGAGAUUCCAGUUACACAUGAAAAACAACGAAUUCAAGUAUUUUUCCCGGAACGGAUUCGAUUUCACCGAGAGUUUAGGAAACAAUUACGAUACAGGUACCCUAACACCGCAGCUAAAGGGAUUGUUUCGAACUAAUAUAAAAAAAGUUAUCUUAGACGGAGAGUUGAUGAUGUGGCAUAAACGUUCCAGAACGUUCGGUUCGAAAGGAAUGACACUGGAUGUUAAAAAGCUGAAAGAAAUAGGCCAUUAUCAACCAUGUUUUUGUAUUUACGAUAUUAUUCUACUUAACGAUAGAAUUCUAACAAACGUUCCGCUACGAGAACGCUUGCAAGUUUUAAAAACCGUUUUUUCCCACUACAAAGAAGGCUCUCUGCAACUAAGCCAAGUCAAGGAAGUUUCAUCGAGACAAGAAAUCGUCGAUGAACUAAAUUUUAGAGUCGACAGAGACGAAGAGGGUAUCAUCAUCAAAGAUCCGGAUUCGGUAUACAAAUAUAGCGACAGAAAUAGCGGGUGGUUUAAAAUGAAACUGGAGUAUUUCCAAGACGUUAUGAACGACCUGGAUUUGAUUCUAAUGGGAGGCAAUUACGAAAAAUCAACAUCGGACUGGUUAAAAUCAUUCUUUGUUGGUAUCAGAUCGGACGACCCUACAAACAAGAAACCGCUCUACUUGGCGCUGGGUAAAGUCAGCUCUGGGUUGAAUUACGAAGAACUGGCCAUGCUGAACAAGAAAAUUAAAACCGAUGGCAAAAAAUUCGAACAUUUCAAUUCCAAAAGUCUAGCGUUUGGUAAAGACGUUCCUCAAUAUUACAUUGAACCGGAAAAAUCGUUGGUUUUCACUAUUAGAGCGUCUGAAUUAGUGAGAGACACGCAUAGCGAUUUCAAAACGCAUUAUACAUUAAGAUUUCCGAGGGUGCUUAAGGUUCGAGAUGAUAAACCGGUCGAUGAAUGUUUACACAUCACCGAAUUACUCGAACUAACCCAAAACAACAAAGCCGUUAUAAAAUUAAACAAAAGAAACUUGGAUUUGGAAGAAUUGUUGAAAACAAAAACUAGAAAAAUCAAACGAAAAGAAAUCAUUGUUCCCGUUAUUUACGAUACUGCGAAGAUAUCCGACGUAUUGGAAGGAUACAAUAUUUUAGUUUCCGAAGAGAUAGAAUUAAAACAGAAGGAGUAUCUGCAAAGUCUAGUCAAACGAGCCGGGGGUUCGAUUCAAUAUAUCCUAAAGGAUAAAGUAGACAUCGUGCUAACAUGGGAUCGAACCGAUUACAUUAAAGAAUUAAUCAAAAAACGCCCCAAGUACGACAUAGUACACACGAAUUGGUUACAAAGAGUAAUCCAAGACGGUAACUUAUUAGGCUACAAUCAAGAAGAAAUAUUUUACAUAGGCUGGUCGUUCAAAAAUUGCCUUUCUGACGAAUUGGAUAAAUACGGUGACAGUUUUACGGAGGAAACUGAUGUGAACAAACUGAAAAACACUUUCGAAAUUAUAACCGAUAUGGGCGACAAAUGCAUAAUAAAAAACAUCGUAAAAUUAGAAGGAAGAAAGUAUUUGAAUCACCACACAGCUUAUUUCGAUAAGCAUUCGAUAAUCGGCGAUCACAAUUCAGAAAUUAUUUAUAAAAGCUUCUUAGAUGAAAUACAAUUUCAAUAUUACGGCGGUAUAAUCGAAGAGAAAUUAUCAACCAGCGUAAAUUUAAUUAUAUACAAUGGAAACAGCGACAGGAAAAGAGUAUUGCAGGAUUACUUGCAUUCGAUUCAACGAACCGACAUCGAAAUAUCAACCAACAGCAUAAUUUAUAAUUAGAAAAUGAGUUACUACUACUAACUAAUGGUGCAGGUCAAGACAAGCCCCGGCACUGAAGCCUCUGGCGGGCCUCCAUUGUGCCAUUCCUAUUGAUUCCAUGAAGCAGAGUCCCU